UAUUUUGGGCGCGUUGGCGGCGGCGGCGGGAUCGCUGACAGUCCCGGAUCCUGUGACACCUCUCGGCAGCCUGGCACUUGUUGCUCCCAGGACCUGUGGUCAUCCCUUCACCCGCCUUUCCCCCUUCCCCCUGCCCCCUCCCGGCCUCUCUCCUUUCCGUGUGAUCUCCCGGGACACUGACCUCCCAGACUCCGCUGCCCGGGCUGGAGAAAUAGAUGGUUUAAAAAAAAAAAAAAUUAAACGCCGCCCUAAAGAGGGGCCCGGCCGGGCAGGGGCAGGAGCGCAGAGCGCUGGCCUGGGCGCUGCAGAGGUGGCGCCUCCACGGCCCGGGACAGUGGCCCUGGGCGCCAACGGCAUGACAGACCCGGCGACCGCUAACGGGGACGACAGGGACCCCGAGAUUGAGCUCUUCGUGAAGGCUGGAAUCGAUGGGGAAAGCAUUGGCAACUGUCCUUUCUCUCAGCGUCUCUUCAUGAUCCUUUGGCUGAAAGGAGUCGUGUUCAAUGUCACCACUGUGGAUCUGAAAAGGAAGCCAGCCGACCUGCACAACCUGGCCCCUGGCACGCAUCCACCCUUCCUGACCUUCAAUGGGGACGUGAAGACAGACGUCAAUAAGAUCGAGGAGUUCCUGGAGGAGACCUUGACCCCUGAAAAGUACCCCAAACUGGCUGCGAAACACCGCGAAUCCAACACAGCAGGCAUUGACAUCUUCUCCAAGUUCUCUGCCUACAUCAAAAACACCAAGCAGCAAAACAAUGCUGCCCUUGAGAGAGGCCUGACCAAGGCUCUGAAGAAGCUGGAUGACUACCUGACCACCCCUCUCCCAGAGGAGAUCGACGCCAGCACUCGUGGGGAUGACGACAAGGCGUCCCGGCGAAAGUUCCUGGAUGGGGACGAGCUGACCCUGGCCGACUGCAAUCUGUUGCCCAAGCUCCAUGUGGUCAAGAUUGUGGCCAAGAAAUACCGCAACUAUGAUUUCCCGGCUGAGAUGACAGGCCUGUGGCGGUACCUCAAGAAUGCCUACGCCCGGGACGAGUUCACCAACACCUGUGCAGCCGACCAAGAGAUCGAGCUGGCCUACGCCGAUGUCGCCAAGCGCCUCAGCCAAUCCUGAGCACAGCCGUCGCGCCCCACCCCCGCUGCAGAAGGACUCAGCUGCUCCCACAGAACUCCGGCUUCACAGACUCCUCUUCCUCAUUGCCUCAGGAAACACUUUUUCAAUCUGGCAUCAUGGGAACGCCAGCCUGCUGUCUUUCACGGAGGUCAGCCCCAUGCCCGGCCUCCUCGUGCAGGAAGCCGGCAAGCAGAAAUGACAGACACGGGCCACCUCUCCGCCUGCCCGCUCGAUCCGUGCUCAGUGUGUUUGGGGUCAGUCAGUGUUACAGAGCACACACGUGGGAUUGCCACUGGCCCCUUCUGCCAACAUCAAAAUGCCUUCUCAGAUGCUUUAGAAACAUGCAACGCCAGCUCCUCCUCCACCCUCCUCUCUGUCGGUAUCUGCAAGGUCAAGGACAAAUGCCAUCUUCAUUCUUAUUGAAAGAGACCCACUGCCCUGUAGGAGAGACAGAGGGAGUGAGGGCGGGAGGACCGAGCUGGCUGUGGACCUUUUGGGUAUCUGGCAGACACACCUUCAGUCACUCGCUACUUCCAGCAUUUCUGUCAUUGGGCGCUGAAGGCCAGGUUGGAAGGUCACUUCAGACACAUUGUCCAUGUGCUGCAGUGCUGGGAAUGUCGCAGUGCUCUUGUGCACCUGGCCACCGCUGCCCCUGAGUUUCACACUGCCCGGGCCUUGCCAGGAAAGGAAAUGGGGAUGCAAUUCCAAACUGGAGUGACCGGGAAUGGGAAGGGAGGGAGGCAGUGCCGAUGCCAAAAGGCCCACGGGGGUCUACCUGCCAGGGGGUUGCUUGCUGAGGAGUAGCUGUUUCUGUGGAGAUUGCACGCCUGCAUUUGACUGUGCUUACGGACGAGAGUUUUGCUCUACGAGAAAGCAGAUGGGGGUGGGAGGAGGAGGGGUGGGUGAAGAAGGUAAAGGAGUUCUUUAUGAGGUCCGAUGUUCCCUGGUCCUCAGUCUUCUUUAUCUAAGUCUUGCACUGGUGAUGUCAUGUAACUACCCACCUUUCAGUAAAAACCUAAGAAUUGGCCAAAAAUGUCUUCCGGGAUCUCCAAGUUGCUCCCGAACGCGGGUCUACCCGUUGGGUGCUCUCAGGCGGCCGCUCCCGGCUGAGCCAGCUGCAGCCUCUGAUGGGCGAGAGAUACACUCAGGAGGUGGCACGAUCAUGGGACACCUUAGGAAGAAAGUCCACGGGCCUUUCUGACCGGGAAACCAUGUGGUGUGAAUGGGAAGAAAAAUAGGUACUGACCUGAGUUAAUUUUCCUACCAACAGACUCAACUGCCAGAUGAAAAAAGAGGAUUUUUUUUUUUAAGCUAAUAUUUCACUCUUUAGUUAUUCUGCUUGAGUUUCACCUCCUUAGAAGUUUACCCGGCCCGAGUGCAGGGACCUGCUUAGAGGAAACUAAGAAAAAUGAACUAAUCAUCAGCUCCGUCUCCCAGGGAAUGCCCUGAGCGAAAAGGUGCCCGCCACGGGCCCCCACCUUCAACAGCCCCUCCUUCUGUGUCGCCUGUUGGUAGCGGGUGAGGCGCCCAAGUGCCGGAAAGCCCCUGGACUUGGCUCAUUUCUCAGAGAGGGCCGGACAGCACGGGUCCUUUCCGUAGAAACAUCAACAAACUCUAACCCAAGCACUCCCUGGUCCUCCCGGCCUCCAGGGAUCUCUGGAGAAAAAAAGUGACCCAUUGAUCAAAACUGGGGAGAGGAAGCAGAAGGGCUCCUGUAGCCCACGGAGGAAGAGGAAACUUCUCAGUAGGACAUUUUAUAAGCCCGAGAAAGCUUUGAAAAGGCAGAAUGAGUUGAUUCAUUUUCACCUCUAACGGAACCUUUUCAGGUCUCCCUGGAAACUUUGCCCCUGGAGAUGUUUAAAAGGGAGAACUGGUGAGGAAACAGGGCCUUUCGACUGUAGGGAAAAGCCCCAAACGGGCCUCUCGGGGGAUGAGGGCUCGAACGAUCCCGAAGGCCUUUUAAUUAGUGUGAAAUCCUGUUGUACUCAGAAAUCCUUUUCCAAAUUUACAGCACAGGCGGAUGACCUAAGAGGCAGUUUACUUUCCUGAGACGCACAGUUGGGCUGUUCUUGAAACACAUCUGUGAAGCAUCGCCAACCGCGUCGGGGAAAACAGGCCGGGGCUCCAGGUGGAGCAGCUGCACCCCAGAGGAGUUGGCAGGAUGCUAGGGGCUCGGAUUUGAUAUCCAGCAUUCAGCAACCGGCGAGUCUUUAAAAACAAACAGGCCAAACAGAAUCAAUAUUGUUGUUUCUAGAUGUUCCUUCUGUGGUUGAGCUAGUUUUACAUAAAUAACAAUAUUUAGGCACUGAGGGGGGGGUGUUGUAUGCUCAUUUAUAACCAUUUAAAAGAGGGGGAGGAGUUACAGAAGGGAGGCACUUCUGGGUACUUAAUUCAGAAAUAUCUUUAUAUUUCAGCAGUAGAUUAGCAUAUAAUGCAAGUGACUGUUGACUAAGAGUUAUAUCUUAUGACCCAGAUUUAGCAUAGUAUAUUCAAAUAAUAAUAUUAAUAAUAUGACCUUCUAUUUUUUUUUUCCAAAAGAGAUUUUUCUCCGGAUUUUUCAGUCUCUCUGAACUUCAGUUACGGCUUGUCACAUGCAGAGCACAGCAUCUGUGUGCUGAGGUCCUUAUGUGUCCCAAGAACCAACUCAGGGAGCACUGAAGGAUUUGCAGUGUGGACCCACACUCCAGAGUUUUAGGACAGGAGCUAUCCUUGUAAUUGAUCCUGAAUGAAUACUGAUCCCUCAGAAAGCAUUUUCGUGGCACAGAAAGGGGAUUUAUUUGUGUUGAGAACCUAUUUUAUUUUGUAUUGAUUUCUUCCCUUCAACUUCCAAGUCACUUUUUUUGGGGGGGUAGGUUAGUGGGUGCCAGACACGGAAGCAAGAGUCAACUCACAAUGAUUGAGUUGAGUUGAAUUUACCCAUCUAUUUAGUUCUGCCUGCCUCUUAGGUGGGUCCAGAGAGAAGAUAUUGAAUAAGAUUUUAAUAACUAUAAGAGAUGAACUGGAUACGUAAACUCUUGAUUGAUCCAGAAUAUAGUUUCUUCAUCUCCUGGCAAAGAAAGUCAAAUGCCUGAUGAAUUCAGAAUCACAGACCUGAGUAUGACUAUCUUUUAAACAAGGGAUGUAGCUACUGGCACCAAAAAAACGAGUUGAAAAGUCAAAAAUGCAGUCAAUCGUCCUAUUUGGCCACAUGAUCCCAAACUAGGUUUAGUUUCCCA